AUGAACGGGAAGGCGAACGUUUCGAAGGAGCUGAAUGCCAAGCAUCGGAAGAUUUUGGAAGGGCUUCUUAAAUUGCCGGAGAAUAGGGAAUGCGCUGAUUGCAAAUGCAAAGGUCCUCGAUGGGCUAGUGUUAACUUAGGCAUAUUUAUAUGCAUGCAAUGCUCUGGAAUCCAUAGAAGUCUUGGAGUGCACAUCUCAAAGGUCAGAUCUGCUACACUUGACACGUGGCUUCCUGAACAGGUUACAUUCAUUCAGUCCAUGGGAAACGAGAAGGCGAACAGUUACUGGGAGGCAGAGCUUCCGUCGAAUUAUGAUAGAGUUGGGAUUGAGAACUUUAUCCGUGCAAAGUAUGACGAGAAGAGAUGGGUACCCAAGAAUGGUCAGGCAGGAUCACCUGCUAGGAGAAUAGAAGAAACUGCUUCUGUCAAUUUGCAUCAACCACAUGAUAGAAAGGAUAAUGGACAAGUCAGCAAUUCUGGAAACCCUUCUGAUGAGCGGAAGAGUGUCCGGACACCAAGUUCAAGAACACCUAGUGCAAAGGGACAUAUUUCUGCUGCCACAAUUAGCUUUCCUGCCCCCCUAAGAGGACCAGAACUGGCUUCUCCAGUUCCAGUCACUGAACAAGUGACUCUAGAAACAAAACCAGCUGCGCCGACUGAAACUUCCAAGCCAGCUGCAGAAACUUUAUCUCCCCCGAAAGUUGAUUAUGCUACUGAUCUUUUCAAUAUGCUUUCUAUGGAUGAUUCUGUUGAAAACACUACCAAUGUAUCUGGGGAUGAUAAUACAUGGGCAGGAUUUCAGGGUGCUGACGCAUUGCCAUCAACAGCAGAAAAGCCUGGCUCAGCCAAGGGUGAUGAUAAUAAAAGUCCAUCUGCUUCUGGAAUUGAAGAUCUUUUCAAGGAUUCAGAUCCAAUUGCGCCUAGUUCCAUGUCAGGGAAACCUCAAAAGGAUGUGAAAAAUGACAUCAUGUCUCUCUUUGAGAAGUCCAACAUGGUCUCACCAUUUGCUCUCCACCAACAACAAAUUGCCAUGCUAGCACAUCAACAAUCAGUUCUUAUGGCUGCUGCAGCUGGUGCUUCUAGUGGGGCCGCCAAAGCUCCUGCCAACUCACAACAAGGGUUGAAUGGAACCAACUUGCCGAAUCAAAGUUGGCCUAAUUCUGCAUACCAGUUCCCUGGCAUGAUGAUGCCAGCAGCUGGAAAAAUUGAUCUAGAGAAAUAUAUGCAGAUGGUAAAUGCGGGAGCAACUCAACCGGCUGGGAACUCUUUUGCAUUACCAAUGUCUAGCACAAACGCCGUGGGAGCUAAUGUGCCUAAAAAUACCAAAACACCCUCUGGAAACAGCAAACAAUCAGUGGCAGCAUCUGUUUCAUCAGGUUCUCUUCAGUCGGGAAAAGAGUAUGAUUUUUCCUCUUUGACACAAGCUUUUUUCUCAAAACAUUGA